AAGACUCCAUUGGUAUUAUACCAUGUAAUGUCUGCAUUAGGCAAACCUACAAUACGGGAAAAUAAUAAUAAUAUGUAAAUGUAUGUAAACUGCCGGCAGAACUACUCAGAGAUCAUUCAUUUCAUCCACUAAGUGUACUUAUAAAUAUUGGUGGGACACAUUCAAACAUGUUUGCGGCAUCAGCAUCUGAGUCCAGCUUUACAGCAUGGAUUCACCUUGGGAGGAAGACCCACGAGCAGACUAUGCUCCCGAAGCAGACUGGGCAAAACUCUCUAAUGAGUUCACAAACUCUGGAUACCGAGAAGGGAUAAUCGCAGGCAAGGAAUCCGCACUUCAAGAGGGGUUCGACGCUGGUUUUGCGCAUGUAGGAGUUCCGAUUGGCCGUGAUCUGGGAUCAAUGCGUGGCGUAAUCUCUGCGAUUGCAUCAUUUUUGAGCUCAAAAAGCCAAGAAAACCCAACAACCCUAACAACUGCACGCCAAAUAUCAUCUUCGCUCGCAGGCAUUCGCUUCUCCGAUAUCGCUCCUGUCGAUCAGGAAGCAGAGCAACACGCCAGAGAGCAUCUUGAUGCAAAUGACGAUCUAAUCGAACAGAGUGAGGAACUUUUGCAGAAGAGAGAGAUGGAGGGAUUAGAAGAUAUGCUGCAGAGGCUCACUGCUGGUGCUACAAGUAGACCGUUGCAGGGUAGGCCAACUAGAGAGGACGUGAUUCGUUUGAAGGAAGGUAUUCUUACGCUGGGUGCCCAACUGGGCUUAGAUGUCAUACCCUAGUUUGGGGUUAGGGCUAGGUCUUACUAUGAUUGACACGUACCACUUUGCAACU